CAUCUUUUUUUUCUCUCUCCUACAGGCUUAGGCUACCGGAAGUCAGCACUCAUCACGGGAGGAAGAAUAGUUGCCUUCCCAUGCCUCCAGCGAUGGCGCAGGAUGUCACUCAAUGUUAUGACCUUAAGAGUAACCUCAUCAGAAGUUUACACUUCCCAGGGAGUUCCCCUCACUGUCAGUGGAGUUGCUCAAGUCAAGGUCAGCACACAGCAUCCAGAUAUCCUCGAGCGGGCGUGUGAACACUUUCUGCGCAAGUCCACAGUACAAAUCGAGGCACUCGUCACCGCCACACUAGAGGGUCACCAGAGGGCCAUCCUUGGUACUAUGUCAGUAGAGGAUAUCUAUAAGAAUCGGAAGCUGUUCAACUCACGUGUUUUUGAAGUUGCCUCCAAGGACCUCUGUAACCUCGGCCUCCAAGUUCUCUCCUACACCAUCAGGGAUAUAUCCGAUGACGUGGGAUACCUUAAAGCACUAGGCAUGUCGAGGACAGCGGAGGUUCAGCGUGAUGCGAGGAUAGGCGAGGCUUUGUAUCUCAAACAGGAGUCGCAUAAUCCAGAUAGGCGUUUGCCCUUGAGGAUAGCAUCUAUGAAGGCUAUAGUUAUAGACCAAUGCAUCUGA